AAGCUGGCAUUGUCAGUAGCAGGUCUGUCGGGAGGCGUUUGUUGCGGCUUAGCUGGUCCGGUGGUUUCCGUCCGGCUAAGCCAGGCAUGAAAAUCACGAGGCAGAAACACGCCAAGAAGCAUCUCGGCUUCUUCCGCAACAAUUUCGGAGUCCGCGAGCCGUACCAGAUCCUGCUGGACGGCACCUUCUGUCAGGCGGCGCUGCGGGGCCGCAUCCAGCUCCGGGAGCAGCUGCCCCGCUACCUCAUGGGGGAGACGCAGCUGUGCACCACCAGGUGUGUGUUAAAAGAGUUAGAAACUUUGGGAAAGGACUUAUAUGGGGCAAAACUGAUUGCACAAAAAUGCCAGAUCCGAAAUUGUUCCCAUUUCAAGAAUGCAGUGAGUGGAUCAGAAUGUCUACUUUCCAUGGUUGAAGAGGGAAAUCCUCAUCAUUAUUUUGUGGCAUCACAGGAUCAGAAUUUGUCUAUGAAAGUAAAGAAAAAGCCUGGAAUUCCUCUCAUGUUUAUUAUUCAGAACACUAUAGUUUUGGACAAACCUUCUCCCAGAACAAUUGCCUUUGUUAAAGCAGUCGAGUCAGGUCAGCUUGUGUCAAUGCAUGAGAAACAGAGUAUCAAGCAACUCAAAGAGGAACAGGGUUUAGUGAAAACCACUGAACAGAGAAGAAAAAAGCGCAAGAAAAUAAGUGGCCCCAAUCCUCUUAGCUGUUUGAAGAAAAAGAAAAAAGCACAGGAUACAAAAUCACCUGCCUCUGAAAAGAAAAGAAAAAGAAAAAGAAUCCGGAACAGAUCCACCUCAAAAGUACUUUCUGAAAAGCAGAAUGCAGAAGGAUAGUGAAUCCUUUGGAUACUUUUAAAGACAUUCAAAUGUAAAAAAUAAAUUUCUUUUUAAAGCUGUGGAAGUACUUAGGAUAAAGACUAAACUUAUUUUUAUAAAUGAAUAUUGACCCAUAAGCCUUUGCCUAAAAUUAUUUGUAAAAAAAAAACAAAACAGAGUGGAUGGGUUUAGGUGUGACAGCAUUCACUUUUCUUGCUCAGUGACUUUGGAGGUUGUUCUCGAUGUGAAACUUGCCUUUUUCUCCCUGCAGCUCCUCAUCCCCUAUUAUAUGCAGAUAUUUAAAAAAACCAAAUAGUGUCAAAAGGCUUGUAACAAAAAGAGCGGUAGUCCCUCUUGCACAUUCACAGAGGAGAUGUCCUCUUUCAACUCAUGUAGUAGUUGUAGAAUUUACCUUAUAUUUUCAAAUAUGAAUAUGCUGCUACCAUGUGGUAUUAUCAGCUCAUUUCUUACCCCUUGAGAUACUUUUCCUGGAGCCUUCCAUCCUGCAGUGUGGCAAUGUUUUCUGCUGAGCAUGUUGCUCAGCUAUAACCUAGGCGCUUCUUGUCCUUAUCCAGAGAUCUGCUUUGUGACUUCUGUUUCCUACAGUCUUCGUUUUAUUUUCUUGGUUUUCACUGUUGCUGUGGUGGAGCAUAGAGUGUGUAGGGAGUAUGUUUUUGAGACUCAACCAGUGUGUCUACCCUCAUAUUUAUUGCACUGAUAAUGUGGCAAGAUAAGGAAUUCUUGGUUGAAAAUAAUUUCACUCACUUCCCUGGAGAAACUCUUAAUUGUUUAUAAGGUUCUAGGCAAAAAAAAAGUCCUUUACUUGCUUUUGAGUUCCAUUUGCGUAAGAGGGGGGAUGAUUUUCUUUCCGAUUCAAAUGUUAACUUCAAUAGCAAAAAUUCCAAAAUCAUACUUUCUAAGACUGGCUAUGAAUCUGUUAUUUAAAAAGUGUGUAACAUAUAAAUAUGCUCUUAAAGUGUGUAAAUUAGAAAUUGAACAAUCAAACUUGUCUUUUUCAGCCCCUUCCCUAAUUGUUUUAAUCAUCCUUAGGUGAAAAUUACCCUGUUUUUGCACUGUAAGAGUGAAGUAUAAAGUUGUUGAAAAAGUGGAAUCUGAUGAGUAGCUCCUGGCUUUGAACUGCCUGUGACACCUUGGAGCAGUGGUUCUUAACCUGUAUUGUUAGUGUAUCAUCAUCAGGUAUGAGGUACAUCAUAAAUAAAUUCUUAUUAAUGGCUAAAAUAAAUGACUUUUCUUAAAUUGGAGACAAUUCAAACAUUCCUACAGAAAUGUCAUUCUAAGUUAAAUUCAGAGAUGCUUUUUUGGGUGGAAAGUGGAAUUAUAGCUUUAACUGCACUGGGAAUAACAGGCUGUAUUGUCUGGCAAGCCAGGUUAGUGUUUGGAUUGUCAUUUCAUGAUUCUGUUUUAAAUUCUUAGCAGUAGGAACAUUUUUAAAAAGGAAGGCAGAGGUGCAGUCAUACGUCGCUUAACAAAGGGGACACAUUCUGAGAAAUGCCUCAUUAGGUGAUUUUGUCAUUGUGCUCAUCAUGGAGUGUACUUAGACAAACCUAGAUGGUAGAGCCUACUGCACACCUAGGCUGUAUGUUUCUAAUCUUAGUAGACUGCUGUCGUAUGUGCAGUCCGUCAUUGACUGAAAUGUCCUUAUGCGGUGCAUGACUAUUAGAAAAAAGUGAAUAUAGUUCUAUAGUUCCUGUGAAGAAAACAUUUGUCAUUAAUGACAAGAGUUAGGAUUACCAAAUCAAUGUAGACAAAGUGAUAAAGCAGGUGAAAUGUAUACUGAUGAUAUUCACUUCAGUAUGCUAAAAUGCAUAAAUUUUAGGUUGUCCUCUUUUUAACAAAGCUUUUUCUGAUAUUGUGGUUUAUAAUAAAUAUGUAUUUGUUCUUCA